AUACCUCUUUUAGUCCCUCUUUAGGGGAGCAAUGUUCAAGUGCGUCCUAACUUUUUUAAAAAGUUCAAUGUAGUCCCAACUUGUGAAAAAUGUGUACAAUUAAAUCCUUUUUAGUUACGGCAUUAUGACCUGUGCAACGUGGCUGUUUAGUUUGAUAAGGUGGCAGUGGAAAAAAAAAAAAAAAAGAAACAAGAUUUCCGUUCACAUUCUUCAUCUUCAUUCUCUCUCUCAUUUUUCUCUCUCCUCGCACCAAACCACAACAGCUUCCUCCCUUCAUCUCCUUGCUUUCUUAUUUGUGGAACCAUUUUUGUCCUUCCUCUCUGAUCUUAUACAGGCUCCUCCCCUUUUGCUUUCCCAACCCGUUUCGCAAAAAAGUUCAUUUUUUUGGCCCCUUUUGGGGUUCCUGUACUUCAAGGAUUCUAUUUUUAUUGGGUCAAUGGUAACCCAAACCUACAAAUCACUAUCUUGUAUUGUCGUCCAAAUUCCAAGUAAUCUAUCCUUCGCAGAUGCAUCAUCAUCUCAACAAAAAGAAACUCAAAUUUGCUUCAACUAAUUCCUCCAUUCUCUGUUAACACCAGCAACCCAUAUCCACCCAUCAACCACCAAGAAUCCCAAUAGCCAAACCAGAUAACGAAACUAAGUCCCCUUGCCUCUGUUCACCUCAAGCCACCAAUAAAGGGUUAACCCUCUAAGCAAUAGAUACAAAACGAAAACCAUAUAACACACUCAUCAUUUUCAUUCCCAGUAGACAGAACAUCAAAUGUUAGAAGAAUUAACCAGUAAAUGGCAUUCUAAAAAAAAUAAUAAAUACAAUACUUUCGUCCUCAUCUACGACGAUGGUGGUGAGAGUCGCCGACACUGGUGGGGAUUUUUUAUAUUUGAGAUAGAAGAAAGGAAACCCUUGAGUGGAGAGGAAAGAGGCGGCUUGCGGUGGCUAGUUGUCGGCGGUGGCUGGUCUCGCCAGUGGCAGGGAGCACGCGUCCCAUGGAGUCGUUUUCUCUCGUGCACGAGAAGAGAAAAGGGAGAAUCCGAUCCAUGGCUAGCGCUGCAUCAGGCGGUGAAUGGUGGCCAGUUCGGUGGAGGCGACGGCAAACGGUUUCGCCGGCAGUAGAUCCGGUGGUGCUCGAAGGCGUCGGGGACAUCGUGGACAGCCCCGGCGAUGUGCGUGCGGGGGAGACAACCUCUCCCUAGGGUUCCUGGUUGGGAUCACUACCACUGCCACGUUAACUUUAAUGAAAAUCACAUCUUUACCCUUGGGCAGCCACGUUAUGAAACUAAACAGCCACGUUGCACAGGUUAAUCCACGGUGUCAAUUGAAUCGUUAGAUAUUUAACGUCGUAACUAAAAAGGAUUUAAUUGUACACAUUUUUUACAAGUUGGGAUUACAUCGAACUUUUUAAAAAAGGUAGGAUGCAAUUGAACAUUGCUCUCCUAAAAGAGGGACUAAAAGAGGUAUUAAGUAUUUUCAUCUUUUUCGAAACAGUGUACGCGCAGCCAUCAGCAUCCCUUUUUGCCCUUUCAUGGAUGAAAUCCAGAUGGAACUUCAGCGCUCAUCUCCCUUCAUGGCUGGAUUCUCUGAAUAUACCCUUCACCAUGAACGCGCCAACUUUUCAAAACCCAUUUCUUACAACCUCAAAAUCUGUCCUCAACCAUACAGACUUGAGCUCUCUUCUCUCGGUUUGCGGCAGAGAUGGAAAUCUUAAUCUUGGUUCUUCCAUCCAUGCCCGUAUCAUCAAGCAACCUCCAUUUUACGAUUCUGAUAGCUCCCUCCGCAAUGCCCUUUUUGUUUGGAACUCUCUCCUUUCUGUGUAUACGAAAUGCGGUCAACUGCAGGAUGCCGUUAAGUUGUUUGAUCAUAUGCCUGUGAAAGAUACCGUGUCAUGGAAUACAAUGAUUUCUGGGUUUUUAAGGAACAGGGAUCUUGACACGGGUUUUAGAUUGUUUAAGCAAACGAGUGAGUCAAGGACAGUGUGUUGUCGAUUUGACAAAGCAACACUGAGUACAAUGUUGUCAGCUUGUGAUGGACUGGAGUUCUCUGGUGCUACCAAAAUGGUCCAUGGUUUGGUUUUUGUUGGUGGGUUUGAGAGGGAAGUCACGGUGGGGAAUGCACUUAUAACAUCAUAUUUUAAAUGUGGGUGUUUUAGUGAAGGUAAGCAGGUUUUUUAUGAGAUGCUUGAGAGGAAUGUUAUAACAUGGACGGCAGUGAUAUCCGGCCUCGCAAAAAAUGAAUUUUAUGAGGAUGGCUUGAGAUUGUUCAAUCAAAUGCGUUGCGGGCCAGUCAGUCCUAACUCUUUGACAUAUUUGAGUGCGCUCAUGGCUUGUGCAGGCUUACAAGCAUUAUCGGAUGGCCGUAAAAUACAUGGUAUGCUAUGGAAAUUGGGAAUGCAGUCGGAUUUAUGCAUUGAAAGUGCUUUGAUGGAUUUUUAUUCUAAGUGUGGGAGUUUGGAAGCAGCAUGGCAGAUUUUCGAGUUUGCCGAGGAACUUGACGAGGUUUCCUUGACUGUAAUACUUGUAGCUUUUACGCAAAAUGGACUUGAGGAGGAAGCUAUCCAGAUAUUUAUGAGAAUGGUGAAAUUGGGAAUUGAAGUUGACCCCAACAUGGUUUCUGCCAUUCUCGGGGUAUUUGUUCUUGGUACUUCUUUGACUUUCGGUAAGCAGAUUCACUCUUUAAUUAUAAAGAAGAACUUCAGUCAAAAUCUGUUUGUUACUAACGGACUCAUAAACAUGUAUUCCAAGUGUGGAGAUUUGUACGACUCACUGCAAGUCUUUCGUGAGAUGACUCAAAAGAAUUCGGUUUCAUGGAACUCUGUGAUUGCAGCUUAUGCUCGCUAUGGGGAUGGUUUCAGAGCGCUUCAAUUUUACGAUGCUAUGAGAGUGGACGGAAUAGCACCAACAGAUGUUACAUUUUUGUCAUUGCUUCAUGCAUGCAGUCAUGCAGGUUUAGUUGAGAAGGGCAUGGAGUUUCUGGAAUCUAUGAGUAAAGAUCAUGGGUUAAGUCCACGGUCCGAACAUUAUGCAUGUGUUGUUGACAUGUUGGGGAGGGCUGGACUUCUUAAGGAAGCUAAAAGAUUUAUUGAGGGAUUGCCUGAGAAUCCUGGUGUCCUGGUUUGGCAAGCAUUGCUUGGUGCUUGUGGCAUACAUGGUGAUUCUGAAAUGGGUAAAUAUGCUGCUGAUCAACUAUUCUUGGCUACACCAGAUAGCCCAGCUCCUUACGUGUUGAUGGCCAACAUUUAUUCUAGUGAAGGGAAAUGGAAAGAGAGAGCACGUGCCAUUAAGAGAAUGAAAGAGAUGGGCGUAGCAAAAGAAGUGGGUAUUAGUUGGAUUGAAAUCGAAAAGAAAGUAAAUAGCUUCGUAGCAGGGGAUAAAAUGCAUCCACAAGCUGAUGUUAUAUUCUGCCUCUUGUCCGUGUUAUUGGAACACCUAAAAGAUGAAGGUUAUGUUCCUGAUAAAAGGUGUAUUCUCUAUUACUUGGAUCAGGAUAAAAUGGAUUAGUCAGCAUAUAUACUAAUGGUUCAUUUGCCAGUGAUGAUCCUAUUGAGUUUAGUCAGAAAACUAGCCAUCCUAGAGCUUUGUUUGGAUUUUUGUGGAUCAGGGAUGUCAUGUUUGAGGUUGCAAUUCACUGUUUAAUUAAUUUAU